UCCCAGCCAUGGGACCUCCACCUGCCCACUUGCUGACAGGGCAGGUAGGUGCCGAGAAAUGGCACAAGGACACCCACAUGACGGUGCAAGAGACCACAAAGCUGACGAAGCGCUGCGGGAAGGAGGCGCUUGAUCUGUGGUGUCCAGCGCUACCUCCGGGCCAGCCUGAGGAGACACCCUAUGAGCGCAAGUUGAGGACCGACUCCUGGAAGUUCAAGAUGGAUGUCCUGGCAACUGGAGAGGUGAAGAGGAAGCCCCCUGAGGGGCCAGGGGUAACCCUGUGGAAGAGCAAAAUCAAGCCUCCCCCUUGGGUCUGCAAGCUGGCCUUGCCGUGUUUCCGAGACUACAGCAACACCAAGCACAAUGAGUUCGUGACCCAGUACAUCAGGGAUACACGCCUGGUGGUGAGCCGUCUGCGCCAAGCCCUCAGCGAAAUUAAUGAGCAGUUCAAGGGGAUGGUACGGAUGAGAGAUCUGCUCAAUGCCACGCUGGAGAAAAUCCGCCAGGGCCUCGUGACCAACAAGCAGAGUCAAGUCAUCCGGGAGCACCGGCCAGAACCGGAGAAGAUAUCCGACAAGGUUGAUAUAUUGAUGAAAUGGGAGAAGCAGGAGUUCAGGAAACAGAAAGCAAAGCUGGAGGGGAUGAUGGCAAUGUCAGAAGAUCAUCUCAAGGCGCUGGGGACAUGCAGACAAAACCUGGACACACUGUGCGGAGAACGUGGCCGUGUGAUGGACUUGAUGCCACAGCCACUGCGCAUGGUUCUCCUAGGGGCUGGGCGUGAUUCCUGGCUCGGACUGAGCCGGCCCUCAUCUCCCUGGGUAGAGCGAAAUGAGACACCCCAACCUGAUCCCAUUGGACCCUUCACACCAGAGUGUGCAGCGGCUCUAGAAGACGCCCGGCGCCUCACCUUUCUUACGAAGAACGUGAUAGUUCAAUUGCAAAAGGCCAUCGAUGAGGCACGGGACACUCGUUAUACAGCCCACAACGUCAUCGAAAACAGCCUGCAAGGCAAGAGGGAGGAGACUCUCACUCAUAAGGAACGGCUGGACAUGACCCUGGGAGGGACACGCAGCACCCUGCACCGCUGCCAACGUUUCCAACAUGAAAUGUUCAUCACCCGGGGAAUGACCCUGGGCCCUGACUGUAGCAAGUACCUGGAGACACGAGAGAAGCUGACCCGGCCACUGGUGCGGGUGUACCAAAGACACGUGGGAACACAGCUGCCUGAACCUGCAAUCCUCAACCAGUCUACUGCAGAGUUAGAUCGCGCCAUAGAAGAUACAGCUGAUAAUAUCCUGCACCUAGAAGCCACUCGGCGUCAUUUGCGUGAAUGCAUUCAUGACAAGCAGACAGGCUAUGACGUGGAUGGCAGCAUUAGACGGCUGCGGCAGCGCCGUAUGCAUCCUCGCACCAACAUGAAAGAGACACUUGAACUGGUCUACACCUAGGAAGCACAGCAAAUGAAUAUA